AACUGUGCUGAGGGAGAAUUGAACUGCGGGGCUUAUUGUAUCAAUGACAACCUGCGGUGUAACUAUCAAGAUGACUGUGUCGAUGGUAGAGAUGAGGAAGAAUGCGGUUGUGUGAUCAGCCCAUGUCUAAACAACGGGACAUGUAACCCUAUUGGAAGGUAUGGCCUCAGCUGCAUAUGUCCCACCGGCUUUCAAGGGGCGAGGUGUGAAACAGUGAACAUCUCCCUCGGGGCCAACGAAACCGUUGAAGUCAGGUCGCCAGGUUACCCAGGCAGCUUUCCAAGAGGAGUAUUUAUCAACUGGAUCAUCAGGACGGAGGAAGACAGGAAGAUUCUCGUUUCGUUUGGCAAUCUUACCACCGAUUACUAUGACAACUGGAGGAUCGGGAACGGAGAUGUUGUCAGUCAGUCUACCCUUCUGUCGUGGAGAUACCGACGGCGUCAACUACCGGUUCUCCUUUCGAAUGGAAGUGCCAUCUGGAUUUCAUUUUCGUUUUCUUUGUCCUAUCAAACAAGAGAAGGAUUUUCCUUUGUUGCGUCUUCUGUGCCAUCCACAGAAACUUUGACCUGUUCUGAUGAUGAAUUUGAUUGUGGAAAUUCUGUUUGCAUCAGCGGUCUCUUACAAUGUGACAGAAAUUAUGACUGCAUCAAUAACAGAGACGAAAUUUCCUGUGGCUGUGAUUUCGUCUCCUGCCAGAACAACGGAACCUGUAUACCAACAUACUACGGCUAUUUUAGAUGCAUCUGUUCCCAAGGGUUUACAGGAAGAUUCUGCGAAGAAGUCAUCUUUGAGUGUGAGGCUUAUCCGUACACUUUCGAAGAAUCUGGCAGAUGUAAUGGAACCAUUCAGUGUCCAAACGGUGAUGACGAAAAGGAUUGUGAUUGUAGUGCAAACGAGUACCGAUGUCGUGAUAGCAUCUGCGUGAGUUCAGCCAAUGCAGAAUGCAAUGGCAUACCUGAAUGUCUGGAUUAUUCAGAUGAAGGAGUUACCUGCAAUGCUGCGUACUGCAUAGAAAUCCCGAACGAGGUAUGCUCAGCCAUUCUUACGUACAACACCACCUACUUCCCGAAUGACUUUGUGUCAUCCCAUCGACAAGCAAACCUCUUCAUCGCUGAACAUCUGCCCCAACUCACGGCCAACUGCACCAAUAGCGAGAGACUUGCUCUGUGUAUGUCGUUCUUCCCGGAGUGUCCUCAGUUUGGUUCUGCCCGAAGAGUCUGCGCCUCGUUGUGUUCCAGAGCUUUAGAAUGUGUUGGUCUAGAGACGAACUCCACAUCUUUACAGUGCGACGUUUACCCUGACCGUGGUAUAUUAUCGACCUCAGAAGGCUGCCUCUUUGACGACGAAGAUGUGCUGCAGACGGGCAAUUGCGGGCGUCGACCAGCGGCCUCGCCUUCUCUCAAUCCUUUCAGUCGUAUCAUUGGUGGAGCUCAGAGCCACAUUGCCAACUGGCCUUGGAUUGGUUCAUACCAGUAUCGUAGCGGAUUUCACGCGUGCGCUGCUACGCUAAUUAACCCAAGUUGGGCAGUUACUGCGGCCCAUUGUGGUGCCCAACAUCAGCUUGUUUUUGGCAGUUCGCUUUUGAAUAUCCCAAAUGGCUACUCACACGUUCACCGCAUUGCCCGAGUAUUCUUCCACCCGGGAUACGAUAAUCCAAGAUACCAUAACGAUAUCGCACUUGUAAAACUCGCCUCACCUGUGCCAUACACCGACACCAUCCAGCCAGCUUGCUUAGAAACUGACGAAGACGAAGUCGACAAGUACGACACAUGCCAUGUCGUGGGAUGGGGCCGUACGUCUCUCUACGGCAGUGUUUCUCCGGUGUUAAAGGAGGCACAAGUGCCGCUGGUAACGUGGGAACAAUGCAAAACAUACGCUGACGUUCGCGAAAAUGUCUUCAUCUCCUCCGACCAAAUCUGUGCUGGAACAGCGGAUGGAAAUAAUGCAACUUGUAGCGGUGACAGCGGUGGUCCUUUGAUAUGUCGCGGAACCAGUGGACGAUGGAAACUGGUCGGGAUCACAAGCACAGGCUACAGGUGUGAUGAAACUUCCCCGGGUGUUUACACGAGAAUCUCUCACUACAUUGAUUUCAUUCGAUACACUAUUGCUUCAGACGCCGAUUUGUGUACAGGGGAAACAUACAGGUGUGCCAUGGGGGCAUGUUUAAGGUCUGAACUAGUAUGUGACACAUACCCAGAUUGUGAGGACGGGAGUGACGAAAUUUCUUGCGAACCAGGAGGAAGUCGGUUGGUUCAAAUUAGAGGCAAUGAAGGAACGCACAUUUCGUCACCUUUUUACCCAAGGAACUACAUCAGUAACCUUGAUGUAAUUUGGAACGUCGUGACAGACGAAGGCUUUAAGAUUUCCAUUCAGUUCAUCACGUUCCGGACCUCGUCGAAUUUGGACACUUUACGUGUUGGAGAUGGCGUCUACCUUUCCAACAGCACAGGAGAGUUCUUUAUGUGGAAUGGGACAAAGUUUCCGCCUAGUCUUCUCUCAAGCGGCAGUGCCAUGUGGCUGCGAUUCACAUCACUUUCUGUGUACCCGAGCGGUGGAUUCAAUAUCUCCGUCACUGGCGUCCCCUUAAAUGAAUCCCUGAACUGUGAAGGGGAGUUCGAUUGUGGGCACUCGGUCUGCAUUGAUCGUGGCUGGUUGUGUGAUGGACAGACUGACUGCAUCGAUGGACGAGACGAGGAAUUCAUGUGCGGAUGUGUGUCGAACCGCUGCCUGAACGAUGGUACUUGCCAACCUGUUGGAGGGUCCGGAUUCUAUUGUCAAUGCCGCGAGGGUUUUGGCGGCCUUCUGUGUGAGGCAACUCUUAUCAAUCUUGGGGCGAACGAGUCGGUUCUAAUAAGUUCCCCGUCCUAUCCCAACGACUACACAAACAAUCUGGACCUCAUGUGGAUUGUCGAAACGGUGGACAAUCGACAGAUUCUCAUCGAUUUCAUUGCUUUCAACACGGAGAGUUGUUGUGACCAUCUAAGAGGUGGGAAUGGGGAGGAUUUUUCCAAUUCCUCUACAACUCUCUUCCGCUGGAGUGGAAGCAGUCUACCACCUCGUGUGUCGUCCAACGGGAACGUCAUGUGGCUGAGAUUUACGUCAGAUUUUAGUGUCACCAGAAGUGGGUUUCUCUUGUCGGCUCGAAGCGUCUCGUCAAAUGUCAUCUUUGAGUGUGAGGCUUAUUCGUACACUUUUGAAGAAUCUGACAGAUGUGAUGGAAUCAUUCAGUGUCCUAACGGCGAUGACGAAAAGGAUUGUGAUUGUGUUGCUAACGAGUACCGAUGUCGUGAUAGCAUCUGCGCGAGUUCAGCCGAUGCAGAAUGCAAUGGCAUACCAGAAUGUCUGGAUUAUUCAGAUGAAGGAGUUACCUGUAAUACCGCUUACUGCAUCGAAAUUCAGAGUGAAGUGUGCUCAGCUAUUCUGACUUACAAUACCACCUACUUCCCGAACGACUUCGUGUCAUCCCAUCGACAAGCGAAUGACUUCAUUGCUCAACAUCUGCCUCAACUUACAGCCAACUGCACCGAUAGCGAGAGACUUGCUCUGUGUAUGUCGUUCUUCCCAGAAUGUCCUCAGUUUGGUUCUGACCGAAGAGUCUGCUCAACAUUGUGUUCCAGAGCUUUAAAAUGUGUCGGUGUGGACACGGAUUCUAACACCACAAGUUUGUCGUGUGAAGUCUAUCCAGACCGUGGUUUGCUGUCAACAUCGGACGGUUGUUUUUACCACAGAGCAGAUGUGCUACAAGCAGGAGACUGUGGGCGUCGACCAGCGGCCUCGCCUUCUCUCAAUCCUUUCAGUCGUAUCGUUGGUGGAGCUCAGACGCACAUUGCCAACUGGCCUUGGAUUGGUUCAUAUCGACACGCUAGUGGAUCGCAUGGAUGUGGAGUAUCACUAAUCAGUAGAUAUUGGGCAGUCACAGCAGCACACUGCACGCAUCUGCAAUACGUAGUGUUUGGCAGUUCAACUUUGGAUAUUCCAUUUAACUACCAGCACGUCUAUAGGGUUAGCAAAGUAUUCAAUCAUCCUUUGCAUAACUCCCCGAGGUACCACAACGACAUUGCGCUUCUGAAACUGGCCUCCCCCGUACGAUAUACGGACACCGUCCAACCAAUCUGCUUGCAAAUUGCUGACAAUGAAACUGAGGUCUACGACAGGUGCCAUGCAAUAGGUUGGGGCCGAACUUCGUACGGAGGUAUCGUCUCUCCUGUCUUGAAAGAAGCACGUGUGCCUCUACUGGGGUGGGAGCAAUGUAAAGCUAACAGUGAAAUUCAGGGACGACUAUUUGUCUCAUCAAGUCAGAUAUGUGCUGGAAUUGGAGACGAAACUAACAAAACCUGUAAUGGUGACAGUGGAAGUCCACUGGUCUGUCAGGGCACGGACGGCCGGUGGAAGAUGGUUGGCAUUGUCAGCACUGGUGUUAGAUGCGGACAAACUGCCCCCACCGCUUUCACAAGAGUCUCACAGUACAUUGAUUUCAUCAGAUACACAAUCGCUUCAGAUUCCAAUCUAUGCAGUGUGGAUGACUUCAGAUGUAGCUCUGGGACUUGUAUAACGCCUGAGCUCGUGUGCAAUACGUUCCCUGACUGUGACGACGGGAGUGACGAAUUAUCUUGUGACCCUGGAGGAAGCCUCUCCGUUUCUCUGGAUGAAAAUGAAAGAAUCCAUCUGCUCUCACCUUUUUACCCGAUGAAUUACAUCAACAACCUGAAUGUAAUUUGGAACAUCUUCACUGAGGACGGUUUCAAGAUUUCCAUAAAGUUUGUAACAUUCAGCACCGAGCAGGGUGACAUUUUGCAGGCUGGAGAUGGCGUCUAUGCUGUCAAUGGUUCUACGAAUUUUUUCUCGUGGAGUGAGAUGAGGCGCCCACCUAGUCUUCUCUCAAGUAAUAGCACCAUGUGGCUGAGAUUUACGUCUAAUUCCUUUAACACAAGAAGAGGAUUUAAUAUCACUGUCACCAGCGUUCCCUCAAAUGAAUCUCUGAAUUGUACGGAAGAGGAGUUUGACUGUGGACACUCUGUCUGCAUUGAUCGUGGCUGGUUGUGUGAUCGACAGAUCGAUUGCUCUGACGGCCGAGAUGAGGAAUUUCAGUGCGGAUGUGUGUUGAACACCUGCCUGAACAAUGGAACUUGCCAUCCCGUUGGAGGAUCUGGUUUCAACUGUCACUGUCAUGAGGGCUUUGGUGGCACUCUGUGUGAUAUAGGUGAGGCA